GCUCGCGGGCCGUGGUCUGGGACGCGCGGGCGGGCGGAAUGGCGCGACUCCGGGGCUGUUAGCGCGGCGGCGGCCACCGCUGGAAAGCCAUGGCCCGGCGGAGGCGCCGCGCCUGCAUCGCCCUCUUCCUGGUGCUGCUCUUCGCCUUCGGCACGCUAAUGGGUCUGCGCACACUCAAGGCCCCAGAUGGGCUGCCCGCGCUGGGCCCAGGCCCGGAGCUAGCACCGUUCGAGCGGCGUCCCGAAGGGAACCCCGCGCCCGCCCGCGCCCCGGCUGCCCCCGCCGCGCCGCCGCCGCCCCCACCGCGCACCGCCGCCCCGCGCGCCUCGCUGGGCCCGGCUGAGGCCGAUCCCGCGCCCCGGCAGAGCCUGCGCGUCUACUCCGAUCUGCACGCUUUUUACUACUCGUGGUACGGGAGUCCGCGGCGCGAGGGCCACUACAUCCACUGGGAUCAUGUCAUGGUGCCGCACUGGGACCCCAAGAUCUCGGCCAGCUACCCGCGUGGCCGCCACAACCCUCCAGACGACUUGGGCUCCAGCUUCUACCCGGAGCUGGGGCCUUACAGCUCGCGGGACCCCGACGUGCUACGAGAGCACAUGACCCAACUCAAAGAAGCUGCCAUCGGAGUUUUAGUUCUCUCCUGGUAUCCUCCUGGCAUGGCUGAUGAUAAUGGGGAGCCCACAGACGACCUGGUACCCGCCAUUCUGGACACUGCCCAUCAGUACAACAUCCAGGUGGCCUUCCAUAUCCAACCCUACAAGGGCCGGGAUGACAUCACUGUCCAUGACAACAUCAAGUACAUCAUUGACACGUAUGGCUCCCACGGUGCAUUUUACCGUUAUAAGAAUAGCAUGGGCAAGAGUCUCCCACUCUUCUAUAUCUACGACUCCUAUCUGACAUCCCCCGAGGCCUGGGCCCACCUCCUGACACAAAACGGGCCUCACUCUGUCCGCAACACUCCCUACGAUGGGGUCUUCAUAGCUCUGCUCGUGGAGGAGAGCCACACCCACGACAUCCUUGCCGCGGGAUUCGACGGAAUGUAUACCUACUUUGCCUCCAAUGGCUUCUCCUUUGGCUCCUCCCAUCAGAACUGGAAAGCCGUGAAGAACUUCUGUGAUACCAACAACCUGCUGUUCAUCCCUAGCGUGGGGCCUGGGUACAUCGAUACCAGCAUCCGGCCCUGGAACAACCACAAUACUCGAAACAGGGUCAACGGCAAGUACUACGAGACGGCUCUGCAGGCGGCCCUGACUGUGAGGCCCGAGAUCGUCUCCAUCACCUCCUUCAAUGAGUGGCACGAGGGCACACAAAUUGAGAAAGCUGUCCCCAAGACGACACCAACUCGCCUGUAUCUGGACUACCUGCCUCACCAGCCCAGCCUGUAUUUAGAGCUGACCCGCCGCUGGGCAGAGCACUUCAUCAAGGAAAAGGAACAAUGGCUGAUGUGAGGGACCAUCGCCCAAACCAACCUCAACAGAUCACCAAGCGGUUCAGCUGAGGAUGCAGGUGCGCUCACUAGUUCCAAGUAGCACCUGGGAGCUUGCGGGAGGAUCAGCUAGCUCACACAGAACAGAGCCUGGCACUUGGACUGGCAGUGCUGGGAAGCGAGGCAUGAUGAAGCAGGAGGGGGGCAAGUGGCUGCAACGGCUUAAGGAAGCUCCGUGUCCCUCAGCUUUCCGCUGUGGAGUCGUGCAAGCCCCUGUGCUUAGAAGGGUCUCAGGGUUCUAAGCUAGCACGCACUUACUUCCUUUGGACAGCCACCUUCCCACAUCUUGCUGAACCCAGGGAGCCAUGUCAGACACUUCUAAGAGGACUUUUAGGUCCUUCCAGUAGACUCCUGUGCCCCAUUAUCAGGAACAUUGAGCUCAUUACUAAGCACCUACUGUCAGGUCCUGGGGAAUUUGAGCAAGGUUUCCUUCCCAAAGCUGACGGGAUCCUGCUUUUGAUGUAACCGGGUAGCUAGCACCUCAGCUGUUUUUGCUCUUUGCAGCUACACCCAGGCCUGGGAAUUCAGCUAUUUUUUUCCUCCAAGAUAAUACCUCUGUGCUCCAGAGCCUUUCACAGAUGAACAUGUAGCUGCAGAGGGGACUAGGUCACUCCUUUCAGCUGUCUAGGCCAGGAAGGCCACUUUCAGUGCUACUGUGAUUUAUAUUAAAUAUGAAGUGGUGUUUGCCAGUACACAUUCCUCGUGCAGCCCUCAUAAAUGCUGACCUCUAGGUCAGUCUGUGACAAAUCAGUGUAUGGCUAGGCGGGCUGGCUGGCUUCAGCACAAUGGAGAUGGAUCUGCUUAAAAGACUAGUUUACAUAAGAUUUCUAGGAAGUUAACAAGCCAGUGCUUACUUACAAAUAAACUAAUGCUACUAAGAAGGAUCCUUGUUAAAAGUAAGACCCGAUGAAUAUUUCCAGCAAGAUUGUUGGAACCUACAGGACUGGUUUACAGGCUAAAGCUGAGCCAUAACUCUGGGAAAUGGAUGCAGAUGGAGGAUGGCAUGGAAUAGCAGUCACUUCAAGGACAACCAACCCAGUCACUGACACUAAACCCACCUGGCUGAGGCCCUACCUUGUAGCUUAGUUGAAAGGGCUGAAUUUAACCAGUGGUAAUUUUAUUCCACGAACAUAUCCUGUGGAUAUAGCAAGGCAGCAGGAAGGAGCAGGCGUCCUCAGUGAAACUUAGCUCAGAUUCCCUGAAGGCCAAUCUACGUCAACAGCCAUAAUGCAUAAAUAUCUUCACCAAGGAAUCAGAGAAAUAAACCAUUUACAACUGUU